GUCUGGGCCCGAGGCGGCUUCCCACAGCAGCCAUCCCGCGCACGGCGCCGAGGAGCCCGCAGGACGUCCUCGGGCGGUGCCGCCCCCUUGGGGCCGCCGGGGGUGCCCCCCCCCCCCCCCGGGGGGCGCCGCCGCGAUGGCGCCGGCGGCGGCGCCCGUGAGGGCCUCGUGCCGGGCCUCGCGCGCAGCGCUGCCGCUGCGGAGGAACUCCAUACGGGUGCCGAAGGUGCACCCUGCCACUGGCUUGCCGUUGUCUAGGAACAAGGGCCAGCACCUCAUCCACAACAGGGGCGUGGUGGAGAAGAUGGUCGAGGCCGCGGACAUCCGCUCGCCCGACGCGGUGUACGAGGUCGGCUGCGGCACGGGGGAGCUUACCAUGCGGCUCUUGCCCUUGGCGCGCGAGGUGCACACUGUGGACAUAGAGGAGCGCAUGGUUCAGGAGACGGCCCAGCGUGCCGAGGCGUGUGGCUUCGCGAACCUCCGGACCUCCACUGGCGACGCCCUACGCGUCCCCAUGCCGGCGCGGUUCGACGUGUGCGUGGCGAACCUGCCGUACCAGAUCUCGUCCCCGUUCCUGUUCAGGAUCCUGAAGCGGAUCUCCGAGGGUCCCGCCUGGCGGUCCGCGGUGCUGAUGCUGCAGCGCGAGUUCGCGGAGCGCCUCCUGGCCGAUCCGGGGGAGAAAAGCUUCUCCCGGCUCUCGCUGGGCGUCCGCCUCUUCGCGCGGGCCGUGCGCCUCUUCGACGUCAAGAGCGGCAGCUUCGUGCCCAGGCCCCGCGUCGACUCCACCGUGAUCAAGCUGGAGCCGCGCGUGCCGGCGCCCGGGGUGGACUUCGCGGAGUGGGACGCCUUCGUGAAGCUGAUCUUCUCGAAGCGCCGCAGGACCCUGCGCAAGCAGUUCCGGAAGCUGUCGACCACCAGCAUGCUGGAGCAGAACUACAAGAUCUGGUGCUCGCUGGCGGGCGAGGCGCCCGCGCCGGGGCCCUUCCCCGACCUGGUGAUGUCGGUGCUGGAGGAGGCGGGAAUCGCGCACGCCCGCGCCUACGAGCUCGACCUCGACGACCUGCACGGCCUGCUGCGGGACUUUCACGGCCGCGGCAUCCACUUCGUGAACGUCCGCGGCCCGCAGGGCUUAGGCGCCCCGCUUGUGGCCGAAGGCGGGGCUGCCUUCUCGGAGCUGGGCCCGCUGGCCCGGGGGCAGCACCUAGGGCCGCCGGGAGCAGGAUUGGCGGGCGCGGCGCUGAGAGCGCCCCCGGCGCCGCCCGCGCUGAUCGGCGCGGGCCUGACCUACCCGUGAGGGCAAAUUCUGCCUCCCAGCGUGGGCCCCAAGCUGUGCGGUGUCAGCUACGUGGUGCAAGCUAUAUGUGUUGCAGCC